AUGUUACCUUCACUUUUAUGGGCAUUUCUUGCCACAACUUUCGCUACAACUGUAUUAGGUGCUGAUGUUGCUUGUGUGUUGAAUGGAGAAACUGUUGAUAUUGUUGACUAUGAUACUGGUGUUUGUACAUUCACCAUUCCAGAUGAAUAUCCAGCUUAUGUCAACUUCUAUUCUGAUGAAGAAUUCGAUGCUUACUACUAUUAUAUUGAAGUUGGUGAAAACCAAAAUACUACUGACAUUUAUGAAAACGGUAGAGCAAUUGCUAUUGAUGCUAGAGUUUUAAAUGGUGAAUCUGCUCAAAUUGUUCAAGUUUAUGUUAAUCAUCUUCAAAAUGAAACUGAUUCCAGUGAACCAUUAAGAACUGGUAGUGAAUUGACUGAUGAAGACAAACAAAUCUUUGAAAACCAUGAUGUUGCCGAUGAUGACACUGAUACUCCGCUUGAUCUUAUUGUUAGUAUUCAAGAAAUUGCUGAAAGCUCCACUGAAGAAGCUACUGAAGAACCAACUGAAACUUCUACUGAAGAACCAACUGAAGAACCAACUGAAGAACCAACUGAAGAACCAACUGAAGAACCAACUGAAACUUCUACUGAUGAACCAGCUGAAUCUUCUACUGAAGAAGCUACUGAAUCAGAUGAACUUUCUGGUGUCCCAACUGAAGAGCCAACUGAAGAAUCAUCUGCAACACCUUCUGGCGAAUCAACCGAAUCAUCUGAAGAAUCCACCAUUGCUCCAACUGAAUCAGAUGAAGAAUCUACUGAAGAACCAACUGAAGAGCCAAGUGGUGAACCAACUGAAACUUCUGCUAUUCCAACAGCAUCCGAUGAAGAAUCUACUGAAGAAAUUUCUAAUGCUCCAACAGCUUCAGAUGAAGAAUCUACUGAAGAAAUCUCCAGUGUUCCAACAGCAUCAAAUGAAGAAACUUCUGGCGAACCAACUGUAUCCGAUGAAGAAUCAUCUAGUGAACCAACCGAAGAACCAACCGAAUCAGAUGAACAUUCUACUGCUGAGACUAGUGAAUCAGAUGAACAAUCUACUGCUGAACCUAGUGAGUCAGAUGAACAAUCUACUAGCGAACCAACUGCAUCUGAUAACGAGUCAACUGAAGGACCAUCUGAAACUUCUACACCAUCUGAAACCCCAUCUUUGGUUGCAUGUUUGAUGAAUGAUGAAACUGUUUCUGUUGUUAGUUACGCUACCGGUGUUUGUACAUUCACUAUCCCUGAUGAGUACGAAAUUUUCUUCAACUAUAUUUCCAAUAAUGAAUUUGACAUCCAAUACUACUAUGCUAGAGUUUCUGGUAACCAAUACACCAAUAACAUUCGUAAUGCUGGUAGAACUCUUUCAAUCCCAGCUAGAAUAUUGUUCAACUUAGUCCUGCAAGUUCAUCAAGUUCAUUUACAAGAACCAGCUUCAAGUUCCUCAUCUGGAUUUGAAAAAAGAGAUGAAAUUGAUGAUUUCCUUGACUCUGUUCUGGAUACUGAUGGUACUCCUGUUGACAUUAAUCUUUCUGCUGUGGCUGCAGACGAUGAAUCUUCUGUUAGUGAAUCUGGUACUGAAUCUGGUACUGAAUCUGUCACCGAUGUUGAAUCCGAAUCUGUUAGUGAAACUAUCCAACCAUCCGAAUCAGUAUCUGAAACAGAAGACCAAACUAGUGAAGAAACUUCAUCUGAAAGCAGUGAACCAUUUGAAUCCGAAUCUGAAACUGCAUCUGCAUCUGAAACUGAAUCUGCAUCUGUUUUUGAAACUGAAUCUGCUACUGAAUCUGAUGAUGAAGUCACCACCAUUAGAUCUACCAGCAUCAUUACUGAAUCUGUUUGUUCAGAUGAACAUGUUUCUUCAACUAUUGAAGAUAAUGCUGCUGAAGCCACUGGUACUGAUGAUGCCGAUACUGAAGCUACUGGUACCGAUGAUGCCAAUACUGAAGUCACUGGUACUGAUGAUGCCGAUACUGAAGCUACUGCUACCGAUGAUAACAAUACUGAAGCUACUGGUGCCGAUGAUAACAAUACUGAAGCAACUGGUGCCGAUGAUGAAACAACUAACAAAGGUACUGUUGCUGGUACUACCCACAAAGACACUUCAACUGUUACUGGAACUGAAAUUGUUACUGUUACAUCUUGUAAGAAUGAUGCUUGUCAUGUUACAACUGUUCCAGGUACAGAGACUACUGUUACUACUACAGUCAAUGGAGUUGAAACCAUUUAUACCACUUAUUGUCCAGUUUCAUCCAUUGAAACAGUCCAAGAAAGCAAAACCAUCACUGUUAUUGCUUGUAAAGAAGACAAAUGUCAUGAAACUACUGCCGUUGCUGUUCCAUCCACAGUUCAAGAAGUCGUUGAACAAACCACCACUGUUUACAUUACCUAUAAACCAGUUUCUACUCCUGCUGAUGAAACAAUUGCUACUAAUGUUGUUACAUCUGGAAGUGGCAUUUAUGUUCCAGUUCCAACUGCUAUUACCUCAGGUGAAACAGUUGUUGAAAGUACUGUGUAUGUCACCGUCACAAAAAUUUCUGAUACACAUCCAUCAACUAUUGGUGCUCCAUUACCUCCUGCAACUAUUGCCGAAAAUCCAGAACCAGUAACUCUUAUCUCAGAAGGUACUACUAUUCAUACCACUGCUGUUGGUGAAGGUAUUUCCCCAGGUAGUACUGUAUACACUAUCCUCACUGGUGAAACUUCUGUCAGUCAACAAGUUCCUAGUGAAACAAUUGCUUCUAUUUCUACAUUCACUGGUGGUGCAGCAUCUAGAAGUGUCUCAUCCUUAUUGGGUAUGCUUUUGAUUCCAAUUCUUUACCUCAUCUAG